AGGUCUUGAAUACCGAUCACGUAGAAGGCUACGAAGGCGUUUAUAUCGAGGACGGGGACCAAACUUUAUAUGGCAUCUAGACUCCUAUGACAAAUUAAAACCUUUUGGAAUCUGCAUCAAUGGAUGUGUAGAUGGCUAUUCAAGGAAGGUAGUUUGGCUAGAAGCUUACACGACAAACAAUAAUCCCAGAGUAAUAGCUGGAUACUACAUGCAAACGGUUAGGAAAGAGAUGGGAUGUCCUCGUGUCAUUCGAUCAGAUUUUGGAACAGAGAAUAACACUGUCCGCCAAAUGCAACAAUUUCUGCGCAGAAAUGGUGACGACCCACUUGCGUCUGAAAAGAGUUUUAUGCAAGGAACGAGCCAGCAUAACCAAAGAAUAGAGAGUUGGUGGGGCGUCCUUAGAAAGCACUCUAUACAGUUCUGGCUGAACAUGUUUGGACAAGUGAAAGAUCAAGGUCACUUUACUGGAGAUCACCUGGACAAGUCACUGCUGCAGUUUUGUUUCAUGAAUCUAAUUCAGGAAGAACUGGACAAGGUUGCUAAGGAAUGGAACGCUCAUAGAAUCAGCAAAUCAAGGAACCAGUGUGGACCAUUUGGUCGCCCCAACGUGAUGUACAGGACACCCCAGGUGUAUGGAACACAAGAUUUUCUUGUGCCGUUGGAAAACGAUGAGGUUGAAGUAUGCGAGGAAGAAUGUACUUUCAAAAGUCAGUACCCUUGUGACAGAGACGUAUUUGACCUUUGCUCGAUCCUGAUGACUGAAGAACAACUACCUGUACCGCAGAAUAGCGAAGAAGGACUGAACCUAUAUCAUACUUUGAGAAUGCACUUGCUGAGGAUGAUUUAAUCAGAGUAUUUUGCAUUAAUUGCAUGUGUAUUUUGAUAUUAAAUGAAAAACACAAGUAGAUAUUUUUCUACAAUGCUUGGAUCAGCAACCAAGACUUAUUCAUACCUUUCCCCACAAUGACAUCUUUCCUCUCUUCAAAGA